AUGACUUUAGAAGGAAAGGUCUCAUCCAAGGUUCUAGGUAAAUAUCUCACGAUAAAAGAUGCUGAAGAUAGAGAUGACUGGAACACAGCAAAAUUCAGAAACGCGUUAGGGCGUGCUAUAAAUCAAAUUAGAAAUAAAUUGGAGAUAAAACAGAAACAUAAUCAGGUCGUUAGAGACUGUAUAGAAGAACCGACUAUGAAUUUCGCUGUCAAGUGUUCGAACAAAUCUACUACUAAAAGAUUCUCACACGAAAGAGUCGAAAGACCUAGAGGUAGAGAAGAAAGUAGUUUGAAUAGAAGUAAAACCAAAUGGCCUUGCCAGUUCUGUGGUAGACCGCAUACACCAGUAGAAUGCAGCAGUCUUAGGACUGCAGAAGAUCGACUAGGCAGAGCAAGUGAACUAGGUCUUUGCUUCAAGUGUCUCAAAAAAGGACAUUUCGCCAGCAACUGUCACGUACCAAAAAGAUGCCUAUAUUGCGGAAAAGCGCAUCAUCAUUCAGCAUUGUGUGAGCGCAAAUUUGGCGAAGCAAAAGAAAGACAGGAGCAAAACAAAAAAGGCGUUAGUGCCUCAACUACACAAAAGGAAAUAGUCGCAGCCUGUCAGUCAGUUGAAGGGGACUACUAUGAUAGACCCUUAGAGGUCUGCGGUGAUCAACUAGAUAAUUACGGUGUUAGAACCGAAACGGUAUCUCAAAAAAUUUUUAAGGGGGGAGAGAUCUACGAUGAGACAAAUACGCCAUCGGUAUUGAAGGUACCCAUCAGUAAAAAAUCGAAUACGGAAAUUGAAAAAAGAAUUAAUGCUGGAACUAAGAAAAAAUUAGGCCCGAACCUUCUUAGUAAGAAACCUUUGGAAAUUGAAAGCCAGCUAGAGGAGGAAAUUAAAAACGAUACAUGCGAAAUAAAUGCAAAUAAGGUUGUUAGUAACCAAAAAUUAGAACAUGUGAAGACUAAAGAAAUUAUAAGUCCUUUAAAGGACGAAAAGCGACUAUCUGAUUUCAAAUGGAAAAUGCGUGUUAGAAUGCAACCAAGUGGCAAACGAAGACCGAAAAUUUUAGGGAGGGAAAUGAUUUUAGGGAGGGAAAUGAUCAAUUAA